ACGUAUGUAUAUUGUUGAAGGUAUUGUUCUGUGUGAAGUAUAAACAAUCAAUAGAGACAAAAUGCUAUGAAGGCUCUUCGUUUAGUAGGUUCUAUAGUUUUUAAUAUAUUUAAAGGCAUUUACGUUAUAUUAUCUGAAUUUGUGAAAUUGACACUAAUUAUUUGUAUGUAGUCUUAUAUUCAAGACCUGCAAUAUUUUCUUACAAUUUUGGAGUUUGGCUAGUCUCAUUCAGCAAGUUUGUUACAAGUUACAUAUAUUACUUUCUUCAGCCUAGCGGGUUAUGUGUGUCGGUAGCAAUUGCCUAAUCAACACUGUGUUAGUAGCUGUUGUGGUAAUUUCCUGGGUGUAUGUUCUAUCAGCUGCUAAGACCAUCAUUAUCAGAAACUGAGAAAGUCAGUCUAGCUUAAACUCUUAGUUGAAGAGAUUAAACUUUUCAGAUUUUACAUUAUGACGUUCUCACCAGAUCAAGCUGCAUUCCAAGUUCAGGAAAGGCUGAAGUCUCUACAUAACAACUUAUUUGACAUUGAAGAAGAGAGAACACGAAGUGAUCACACUUUAAAUAAUAUUACCAAGACCCAUGACAAAAUUACAAUGGAGGGUAAACUUACCCCGUAUUAUCAGAAUAAGUUGAAGGGACUCUACACAACUGCAGUCUCUGAUGCUAAACAAGAGGAAACCCUUAUUCGUCAAGCUCUAGCAUCCAUAAAUGAAAUACGCAAUAUCUGUAAUGAUCAAAGAAUACAGGCUCGCAGUGCUGGCAACAAGGAAACGUUCGGGCGAGGGGACAUGAUGAACAUGUUGAUCACAUCAGCCCUCACACUGCCUCUUUGGGUGAGUCAAGUCGGCCAGAAAGCUCCCCCUCUCUGUGGUGCAGUGCCUGCUGAAAGCUCCUAUAUCGCCAAGACUGGUGAUAUGGUAGCAGCACUUGUAAAAGCAGAAGAGGAGAACUGGAUUUUGGCUGAGGUGGUCUCUUUCAACUCAAUAACCAACAAGUACGAGGUAGAUGAUAUUGAUGAGGAGCAGAAGGACAGGCACACGCUAAGUCGUCGCAGUGUUGUGCCUCUACCACUCAUGAGAGCCAACCCCGAAACAGACCCUGGCGCACUCUUCCCUAAAGGAUCUGUUGUAAUGGCAUUAUUCCCUCAAACGACAUGUUUCUACAAAGCGAUCGUGAACCAGCUUCCACAGACACAUGUUGAUGAUUACGAGCUGCUGUUUGAAGAUUCCACAUACCCUGAUGGGUACGCUCCCCCACUCAAUGUGCCCCAGCGCUAUGUCAUCGACAUCAAAGACAAGAGUCAGGCCCCAUGACAACAGGAGUCUCUAUCAGAGCUUCUGGCUAUCUUCUGAGUCUGACAAAUAAACAGUAUUGAUCUCAUAGUUUAAGUUAACACUGAGAACAGGUUUUUUUAACAAUUUGGUUUUUGUUUGUCAUAACAGUUUAUAAGGUGUAAUUACAUUUUCCUGCAAUGUAUAUUUAAUAAGUAGAAGCUAGUUUUUAUAUGUAAUGUGCCGACCAUUUGUGAUUGCCGACCAUUUUCUCUUAAAAUACAUUCAAAUUUGUCUUGAUCUCGUUGUUGGAAUAAAAAUUGGAUGAUCAUAUACAAUGUUUUUCCUUUAAAACAUAAUUUCUAAUUUAAUUAACAUUUUGUACCAUUUAUAAUAAUACUUGCAGUAUAUUUUUUUAUUGUAUACAAAAGGACUAUGUUUUAUUGAAU